CUUUCUUCCACUCGGCACGCUUGUAGCGUUCGCCAACACGGUUCAAGAUGCUGCGUCGUAAACGGGACCGUAGGGCAGCGAAAAAGGACUCUGAAAUGGCUGUCGACGUGUCUUUGAGUAGGAGACGGGAGACGCCGCGGUCUCGUAAGAAAGAACCGCCAAUUUCGGUUGUUAUCACCGGCCAUACGAAGGCUUCGGAAGACGACUUAAUCAAUUUCGUUUGGAGAAAGGCCAAGGUGCGUCUACUGAAUGUCACAUACUCUCCAGCGUCUGUAACGGCGGUGGUGAAGGCGGUUGAGUUUCCGAGACUCAACAGCUUGAAUGGAGUUGCUUUUGCUGGAGACUGUUUAGCAAUUCGUCGGACAGACGGUGGAACGGGAGACACAAGCUCUACCGCGCGACGGAACAGAGAGAAAAGAAAGCGUAAGGCGGCAGCCCACGCUAAAAAAGCAGAUGCGACACUCGGAUUGUCCUCAUCUGCAAACGAAACAAUUCAAAACUUAAAACGGUUCCUCGAACAGCGUUACAACGCUGAGGCGAAAAUGCUGGACUUAAGUGCCAUGCACGAAGACCAAUUUCUGCGUCAAAUGGGUAUUCUCGCCGAGGCCUCUACAAAAAGCAAAAUGUUCCCGGCACUCAUGAAAGUGGCAUCCAUGUAUUUCAAGGAUGUUCAGUCUGUGAACCUUACAAAAAACAACAUUACCUCCGUUACCCCUAUCACCACACUCGCUCAAACAUGGCCCAAGCUGCUUAAUCUCUGCUUGUCUGAUAAUAACAUCACAACAUUGGCUGAUCUAGACCCUUGGGCCGGAAAGUCGAAGCUUGCUUGUCUACAGGAGCUCGUGCUUCUUGGCAAUCCAAUUGUAACCGUUACCUUCGCUGGAAAACCGGAGGCGUAUAUGACUGAGAUUGUUACUCGAUUUCCAAAUCUUAAAAUGCUGGACGGCGCCGUUGUGCCACCAAAUCUCAUGGCUGCUAAGCACCAACUUGCUUUCCCUACACAUUCCGGAUUCUUUGAUUCAGAAGAAACCCAAAAACUCGUCCUUUCCUUUUUAGGUGCCUUCUUCAAUGGAUGGGAUGGUGAUCGAAAAACUACCAUCCAACAGAUGUACUCACCGACGGCACGCUUCUCAGUUUCUGUCAACUCCUCAGUUCCACGGAGCUCGCGGCAGAAUGCUUCGCAUGCGAAUACAGAAAUGGGACAACGCUGGUCUAGCUAUAAGCGUAGAAGUCGUAACUUGAUGUAUGUGAAGUCUGCUCCUGAACAAACGCUUCGUUUGUCGCAAGGCCAGGAUGAUAUCUUAAAAACAGUUACUGCUCUUCCCGAAACAAAACAUGAUAUGUCAGAUGCGUCACAAUGGCUUAUUGAAUCGUGGAAUAUCACGCUUCCGUCCUGUGGACCCGCGAUAAAAAUUAUUGUUCACGGGCGAUUUGAGGAGCCAAAGAACAAACAUUUAGCGCGCAGUUUUGAUCGGUUUUUGCUUAUUUUACCAGGUGGUCCUACAGGUGUGCAGGUGAUUAACGAUAUGCUAGUUUUACGGCCUUAUGUUGGCCCCGGCGCUUGGCAGAACACUCUUCCUCAGCCGACACAACCAGUAGUAGUGCAACCAGCACAACCAGCGCCUGUUGCACCUGUACCUGUUACUGCAAGUGGCACACCUGUUGCACCAGCUACACCUGCUCAAGUGUUGCCUGUAGAACAGCAGCAACAAAUGCAACUACAAAUUCAGCGUGAGCUUGUUGCAAGGGUUAAGGCGGAAACCGGGCUGAACGAUGUUUUUGCCGAAAUGUGCUGUCAACAAAAUAACUGGGACUACAAUCGAGCAAUAGCCGCGUUUACAGAGCUGAAACAGCGGGGUGUCAUUCCUCCCGAAGCCUUCCGUUAGCUGUACUGUUUCGUCACGAUUCGGACACACACCUUUGUUUAUAGAGUUUUUGUUCGUUUGCAUGUUUGGAUCUUAAUGAGACAAGUUCAUAUAAAAAAAAGAAUGGAUUAUGCGAGUUAUUUUUUACGAGAGGAAAUCUGAUACAGAAGAAGGACUUAUCAAUGAGACAUUAGGUUCUA